AUGUUUCGUAAACCAAAGAAGAUCCAGAGGCGUGUGUUUUGUGCAGACGAUGAUGAGGACGGUGAGCCUGAGCCGCCGCCGCCACCAGUUAUUAGUCAAAACAAGAAAGAUAAACCAGUAAAAAACACUCCAUUAUUGAGUUUUGCUGAUGAAGAAGAAGAUGGUGAGGUGUUCAAAGUGAAGAAGUCCACACAAAGCAAGAGGUUGGCCAAACGUCGGGAGAAGGAGAAAAGGAAAAUACCUGAUGGUGAUAAUAAUAAAUAUGACAAUCAUAAUGAGGAGGAGACACCAUUGGAAGAGAAAGAGAAAGCAAAACCGAAGAAGAAGGUAACACUUGAGGGGCUGAUCCUCUCUGGUCGGGAGGCACUAGCGGCUGAUGGAGCUGGUGAUAUAUCUGAUGAAAGUGACACAGAAGAUAAUAGGGGGUUCCAUCAGUACCGUGCAGAGUCAGUGCGUGCUGCACUGGUCCCAGGCCACAUACCUGAUGCCGCAUUGAUCCACGCUGCACGCAAGACCCGACAGCAGGCUCGCGAGCUGGGUGACUUCGUGCCUAUACAGGAGUCUGCGCCAGGAUCGAGGCUGGUGCGGGAGGAGGAUGGGGAUGAUGAUGAAGACGGCAGGAUUCAGGUGCGAGGCUUGGAGCUGCCUAGUGAUAAACCUAAGCGUGGCACAGCAGCAGCGGUUUCAGACGAGGAAAUAAACAGCGAAGUAGAAGAAUGGGAGGAGCAACAGAUGCAGAAGGCUGUUCCGUCUAUAGCCGAUAUUACUGGAGAGAGCGGCGAGUUGAACCCGUUCGCGGUGGCGCCGCCCCCGCCCAGGCUGGAGGCGCCGCACGUGCGCGCGCUGGCCGCGCCCGGGCAGCCGCCGCCCGCCGACGUGCCCGCGCUGCUACACGCGCUGAGGAACAGGCUAUCGGAGCUUCAGGCGGACCGCGAGGCGACGCUGCGGCGGCGCGCGGCGCUGGCGGCGCGGCUGGCGGCGGCGGCGGAGGCGCGAGGCGAGCGGCGCGCGCGCACCGCCGCGCUGGACGCCGCCUACCGCCGCGCGCAGGCCGCGCGCGGAUACAUCACCGACCUCGUCGAGUGCUUGGACGAGAAGAUGCCGGAGCUGGAGGCGCUGGAGGCGCGCGCGCUGGCGCUGCACCGCCGGCGCUGCGAGUUCCUCGUGGAGCGGCGGCGCGCCGACGUGCGCGACCAGGCGCAAGACGUUCUCUCAUUAGCUGCUCGGCCCGGGGCAGCGAAGCCGGUGGAGUCUGAAGAGAAGCGGCAGCGCGCGGCGGAGCGCGAGGGCCGGCGCCGCGCGCGCCGCCUGCGCCGUGAGGCCGCCGGCAGCCGCGCGCACCGCGAUGGCGACUCCAGCGACGACGACCUGCCGCCCGCAGAGGAGCUCCACUGUCGCCGGGAGGCCGGUGAGUGUUCCUACCGAUGUCUCGCUCACUCUCGUUGUUGGUACGCUGCCUGUCUCUUUUGCGAAAACGAACUGCCGUCCGCCGAGGUGCUGCACUAUCGCCGCGAGGCCGAGGCCAUCCGCACGGCGGCGGGCGCGGUGUUCGCGGACGCGGCGGCGGCGUACCGCAGCGCGCGCGGCGCCGGCGCGCGGCUGGCGCGGCUGCGGCGCCGCCAGCGCGCGCUCUACGCCGACGCCUACGUGGCGCACUGCCUGCCCAAGCUGCUGGCGCCCUUCGUGCGGCACGAGUUAAUAUUAUGGAACCCGCUAGCGGAUGAGGACAACGAGGACUACGAGAAAAUGGACUGGUACAAAUGCCUUAUGAUGUACGGUGUGAAAGCAGAGAAGCUAUCGAGUGACUCUGAUCAGUCCGACGAGGACAGUCCGCCGCCGGCGCUGAGCGAGGAGUCCGUGCGGGAGGACCAGGACCUGAUGCUGGUGCCCACCCUUAUUGAUAAGGUUGUCAUACCUAAGGUUACUGAGCUGGUGGAGCACGCGUGGGACCCGAUGAGCGUGCGCGCGUGCGUGCGCCUGCGCGCGCUGCUGCUGCGCGCCGCCGCCGCGCCCGCGCGCGCCGCGCUGCCGCGCCUGGCCGCCGCCGCGCGCGCGCGCCUCGCCGCCGCGCUCGCCGCCGACGUCUUCCUGCCCGCGCUGCCCCCCCAGAUCUUGGAGGGCCCGGGCGCGCAGUUCUGGCGGCGCUGCCUGGGCGGCGGCGUGCGCCUGCUGCGCGCCGCGCUGGCGCUGUGCGCGCCGCCCGCCGUGCUGCGGGCCGACCCGCUCGCGCUCUCGCUCAUCGAGACGCUGUGCUGCGCGGCGGGUGCGGCGCCGGGCGCGCAGGCGGCGGCGGCGGCGGCGGCGCUGGCGGACACGCUGCCGCGCGCCGGCCCGCUGCGCGCGCGCGCGCUGCGCCGCCUUGCUGCGCUCGCGCGCCUCGCCCUCACGCGUCUGCAGACCGACAACCCUUUGCAUCUGAAAGCUCUAGAACAAGCGAGAAGUGUUCUGGCAGAAGCGCGGGCUGUCGAA